GACGGGGACCGUGCGUGGGUGGGCUCCCCGCGGGCCCCGCGCUGUUCGUGGCCCUGCGCAGGCCGGGCCCGAGUUCUCGUUUGCGGUCCGCGUCCGGUCCCCAGCCCCUGCCUGUGGAGCUCUUACUUCUCUGAAUCCCCACGGCUGUUGGCGAGAAGCCGGCCUUCGGGGAGACCGGGGCCCUGUGCACCAUGAGCUUCGUAGAGUACGAAGAGCUGAUCAAAGAGGGUGACACGGCCAUCCUGUCGCUGGGCCAUGGCGCAAUGGUGGCCGUGCGUGUGCAGCGGGGGGCGCAGACGCAAACCCGGCAUGGCGUCCUGCGGCACUCGGCCGACCUCAUCGGCCGCCCCUUCGGCUCCAAGGUGACCUGCGGCCGAGGCGGCUGGGUGUAUGUGCUGCACCCCACGCCCGAGCUCUGGACGCUGAACCUGCCGCACCGCACACAGAUCCUCUACUCCACCGACAUCGCGCUGCUCACCAUGAUGCUGGAGCUGCGACCCGGCUCUGUGGUCUGUGAAUCCGGCACUGGCAGCGGCUCCGUGUCCCAUGCCAUCAUCCGCACCAUCGCGCCCACGGGCCACCUGCACACGGUGGAAUUCCACCAGCAGCGGGCGGAGAAGGCGCAGGAGGAGUUCCGGGAGCAUGGCCUCGGCCGCUGGGUGACCGUGCGCAACCAGGACGUGUGCCACAGUGGCUUCGGCGUGAGCCAUGCCGCCGAUGCCGUCUUCCUGGACAUCCCGUCACCCUGGGAGGCCGUGGGCCACGCCUGGGAUGCCCUCAAGGCUGAAGGUGGGCGCCUCUGUUCCUUCUCGCCGUGCAUCGAGCAGGUACAGCGCACGUGCCAGGCACUGGCGGCACGCGGCUUCGUGGAGCUGAGCACCAUGGAGGUGCUGCCACAGGUCUACAACGUGCGCACCGUCAGCCUACCGCUGCCUGACCUGGGCGCCGGCCCCACCGAGGCCAGCCCCUUCCGCAGUGGCACACCAAUGAAGGAGGCCGUGGGCCACACCGGCUACCUAACCUUCGCCACCAAGACGCCAGGCUAGCAGGCAGCCUGUCAGGGACACCAUUGCCAGGAGGACCACGGAACCGGGGGGCACCAGCAAAGCUGGGGAUGCCAGGAGCAUGGCGGGACCAAGGGUGUUGGGAGCCAGGGGACACUGGGGGCACCUUGGAACUGGGGGUACUGGGAGCCAGGAGGACCCUGAUCUGAGGCUGGGCAGUGCUGCUCCACCACAGACUGCCUUAUAUGGCCAGCGGGUGCCUGCCUGGCCUCUGUUUAGAAAGGAUAAGUGGGCGGGGCUUAGGCCUCCUGGGUGGCUGAAACGGAGGAGGAGCAACUUUGAGGGAUCAGCCCCAGCCUGCCUGCCUACUGGGGGGAGCUUGGCCUCUGGGGAUCCCAGCCUACAGCAUGGCCUGCUUGUCCCGACUCAGCAUCCCAUCCUCCUGGCUGACUUGUUCGAGACAGUCUCCACCGCCACAGGCCCCCAGCGUCAGGGACACCCAGGGUCUGACCCUUUCCCUGAUGGCCCCAGCAGCUGAGAGGGAGAGGGAGCGAGGUCUCGGGAGGGGGUGGGGGGGGCACCGUGCCCGAGUUCCCCACUGUGUGGGACCAGCUCUUACUAAUGUCUGCAGGGGACAGCCCCUGCCCUGCCUCUGUCUCUUUUUACCCACCCCUGGCAGGCACCUCCUGUGGGCCUGGGUGGUGUGAAUGUGUGCAUACCCCACUGUGGGGGAGGAGGCCCAUGGAGGGGGGACUCCAGGGUCCCCUUUGAGGCCCUGUAUUACCCAGGGUGUGAACCCUGGCAUGUCCGAUUCCAGCGUUAGUGGGUCUCCCCUGCCCCUCACAGGGACCUGGGGUGACACCCUCCCACCUCUUCUGCCCCCCCCAACAGAAAUGCAAGGUGGGGGAGGAGCAAGCCUUUGCCAGGAGGGCAUGAACUUCGUGGUGGGACACUAGGGGGAGGGGAGGGUGAGCCUCAGUUCCCUGUGUGGAUUCCCUUCUCUGCCUAGUGGCAGUAAACUCUGGUCCUCA